AGCAAAAGGAAAAAAAGAAAAGCACUAAAUACUAAAACCGAGCCUAUACCUAAAUAGAACCCUAAUCAGCUGAUCUCCACUACACAACCCUGAGACAUCCAUGACGCAACCUUGAAUUAUCGAGACCCGCCCCCUUCAAUGUAAACGGGGGAACAACAACAAUUAUCCCUAAACUCCUCCCCUAAUAUCAUAAAUUUGAGGCUCCGGGGCUGAAAUAUGAGCCGAAAUUAUUAACACUUCCUUGGAUAAUUGAAAAAAUACGGUAUAGAUUAAAAAAAUACAGCCAGGGAGUGUUAAAAGUCGUGGUUUUAGGGGGAGAGAAGGGAAGUAUCGGUGUAUAUUCGUGUAUUAAUGUGUGUUUCUGUUGUCUAGCACCAUGGAGACUGUGAUGGAGAACAGCGACAUCCUGGAGGAGGUGAUCAACCACAAGAACUCCCGCCCCAACACACAAGACACAGCAGCCCCCGUCACCACACCGUCCAGUGCUGAGCAGGUCCAGCAUAGAAGAAACUCGUCCCUUCAGCUGCGCAAAAGCUCCUUGAACCAAGACUCUGCCCCCAUCAGUGUUGUGUACAGGCCGAGGGAGGGAAGCAUUCAGCUGAACAAUGUGUCCGAUGGAGCAACAAGCAUUGACUCCUCAGACCCUCCCAUCUCAGACCUGAAUUUGCUCCUUGCUGCAACAUAUGUGGAAGACUCCCUAGAUGGCAGACACUCAGACUUCAAAGUAUCCGAGAGACAUUUGAAAUUGUAUCGCUUGUAUCAGAACAAGUGGGGACAAGUGGCCCUGUAUGUAUUCCUUGUGAUACAUCUGUGCCUGGCCUUGUUUGAGAGCCCUGCUGUGCCCGGCCUUGAGAUGAGCUACUGGGUAACGAUGCUCAUGGAAACAGGGAUCUUGAUCUUCUACAUAUUCCGAGUGACGCACAUAAGCAUCUUCACUCCCCUGACUAGGUUUUGGUCAGAUACUAAAAACAUUCUCAUUCUUGUGUUAAUUGGGAUUACCUUUUUAGAUAUGGUAAUAUAUAUUGGACUAACAGAGAGUGGAAUCUAUAGUGUACGGUGGUCAAGAGCACUGCGUCCCCUGUUUGCUGUCAAUUUCCCAGAGCUGCGGCAGAUCAGGCGAGCGUUUCGUAACCUGCGGCGAACUCUCCCAGAUGUGGUCAAUGUGCUGUUCCUCUUCUUCUUCAGCCUGGCCAUAUUUGCCCUCAUGGCCUACAAGCUGUUUGGUGGAAGAGGUCUGACGUGGGUGGAUGGAAGACCCUACUUUGAUUCUUACUGGGACAGCAUUUUUGACCUGUAUGUCCUGGUCACCACAGCCAACAACCCUGACAUCAUGAUGCCGGCGUUUGACAUCUCCACCUACUACGUGAUCUUCUUUGUGGUGUUCCUGGUCAUCUGCUUCUUCAUCUACAUGAACAUCAUCCUUGCCGUCAUCUAUAAUAACUACAGGAAGCAUCUCAAAAAUGAGGUGAGGAAAUCUGUGUACAGCAAACGGCAGCAGCUCAGCAAAGCAUUUGAGAUCCUCGCCUUUGAUCUCAGAAACAAACGAGUGGUGACAAGGACCAGGUUUGUGCAGCUGAUGAAGUUUCUGGAUGAUAAGAAGAAUCCAGCGCUCAUCAACGUUUUGUGGAUUGUGCUUGACUCAGAUAGCUCGGAUUAUUUGGAGAAAGGUGAAUUCCUCAAGCUUGCAGACCUAUUGAAUGUGGAGGUGUCUGAGGUGGUGGACCGAACUACACUGAUUGGCCACUACUUCCCCAAACUUUACAACUCAAAGCCUUCAAAACUGAUCUGUGCCAUAGUGAAGAACAGGUUCUUUGGGAUUUUCUUUGAUAUCCUGACGCUGGUGAAUGCAGUAGUAAUUGGCAUCGCUGACAGUGACGACACAUGGGAUGAUGCAGCGGAGUGGGUCUUCCUUUCUCUGUUCAUGCUGGAAAUAUUCUUAAAGCUCUACGUCUUGGGUGCCCGGCGCUUCUUUAAAAAGAUGUGGAAUGUGUUUGAUUUUGUUGUGAUUGGUGCAGCAUUCAUCAUGGGAGUCGUGGAGGCAGUUGUGGCUGAUGAGCAGGAGAGUCGUCUGUCCCUGGAUGUGCUGUUGGUGCUUCGUGUGCUGCGUCUUGUCAAGAUUAUCGGCAGUGUCAAUCGCUUCAAGGUCAUUGUGCACACCAUCACCAAGAUCUUCCCAUCCCUUCUCACCUACGGGGCUGUCAUGCUGGUGUUUUACUACAUCUUUGCCAUUGUGGGGAUGGAGGCAUUUCAAGGGUUGGUGCGGUUCUCUGGCUACACCACAGGCUCUGAACUCUACUGUGGGAACGAGAAGCUGCACAACUCUGACUUCUGGCGAGACCACUACUGCAACAACAACUUCAAUGACGUCAUCCAUGCCUUCAUUGUCCUCUUUGAGCUCACAGUCGUCAACCAGUGGCAUGUUAUUGCCUACGGUUAUGCUACCGUAACAGACCCCUGGGCAAGGCUCUACUUCAUCCUCUUCCACCUCACUUGUGUCAUUGUGGUUCUCAACAUCUUCACAGCUUUUGUCCUGGAGGUGUUCAUCCUGGAGUACACAGCCAGCUGUCAGGGUUACCUGGAGAGUCAGAUGGAGAAGAAAAUUCAAGAAAUGGGACUCAGCUUCAGAAAGAAGAGGCCAAGAGCCAUGUCGACCGUGAGUAAUGAGAACCUGGUGGUGUCUGAUAGUUCAGAGUCUGAGGAGGAGACAGAAUCAGCACCUCAUCCUCCAACAACAGAGGUUGAUGGUAGAAUAUCCCCAGGAGCUUCACAGUUCUAUGCUUCAGGCAAGGACAUCUCUUCAGAAACAGAUGUCCGGUUCCACAUCUCAAAAAGACUGAAGAACACAGAGGUCCUGCUGCAGAAGAUGUUUGAGAAGGAGCUGAGCACUCACGACCUGGGACCAAACAUUGAGAGCCUGGACCAGGAUCUUCAGGAUGAGCAUGCAUACCUGGUCAGUCAGAACCACACACUAUGGAGCCUCUGAUGCUGCUGCUCCUGCUGGUGUGGUGGUGAUGCUCUCAAGGAUACUGAUGUGAAGCCAUCCUGCCCUUAAAGUGUCAGGCUGUGUUGGUGGGUCUACCAGCAUCUGCAGGAAGGUGUACAGUUGCUAAAGUUCAGAUCUGAGUUGAUAAGUUGUUACUGUCUUGUUGUCUUCCAUAACAUGCUCAUCAUAUUUGUGAUAAUUUAACUGGAGACAUUUGCAUAUCUGCCUCUCUUUGUCUCUGAGGUAAAUAAAUUGAACAUGUAGACAAAUAUCUGUGUCUACAAACCAGGCUGAUGUUUCCAUAGUUGUAUGGCUGAGACAAGAUAUCUAUACACAAACAUACAGAUAUUGAAUGAGUAAUAAAUAUAUACAUCUUUGGCAGAGUUACUAGCAGCACAUCCCACCUAACAAACCUUGUUGAGCGUAAAACAAACGGGUAAUUUAAAGGUCUUAAGGUAGAAACAUUAGUAUUUUAGGGAUGCUGUCUUAAGGGAGAAAGGACAGCAUUUAUGAUCUGUUGCAGUUAUCUGUUAUGGCUAAAGAUUCUGUGUUCAUUUGUUUCUUUUAGCAUCCCUACUUCUGCCAUUCAACUGAAGGUCUGAAAACCUAACUCAAUAAAUAUUGGUCUUCCUUGCUGGGAAAGAUCUUCCCUCAGCCAGUGUGGUAAAUGUAGAUCUGAAUACUUGAGUCUUGUGAUAAUUUAUUCUGCUCUGUUGUUGUUACUGUGUGAAUGGAAAGUUUCAGAAUACAUUAAGUUUUACCAAGGAGUUUAAUAAUGUUACUAUUGAGAAUAAUAUAUGUAUAAUUUAUAUUGACCUUGUAUUUUAGCUUAUUUUAAAGUACAACAAACAGAGGACUACAUGAGUGCAGCUGUGGCACAGGAAGGCCUUGUCCUCAAUGACAAAAACUGUAUCUGAAAGUCAUAAUUUAUUUGCUGUAUAAUAUGAAUGUAUGAAUGAUUCUGUAGUCAUAAUAUUUCAAAAAAUUAAAUUCCAUAAUUACGGGAAGUAUUUAACCAUUAGAAGAUUUCAAUAUUUAAUAUAGAUUUUUAAACUUAGUUAGUU